AUGUUCACCUCAAACAUUCUCGCCGCCCUCACGGUGUUCAGCGUUGCUGCCGCUCAGACUUCUUCCGCCUGCUCUGAAGACGUCGCGACCAUCAACUCACAAGCCGAUGUUGCCCAAUACUCAGGAUGUUCGACAAUGUCUGGCAGCGUUGUCAUCGGCUCCUCUGCUUCCGGCACCAUUGAUCUCAGCGGUAUCGAAGAGAUCGCAGGAAACUUGAGCUGUGAAAACGCUGGCAACUUGGUCAGCAUCCAAAGCACAACCCUCACUACCAUUGGAGCCUCUUUCCACCUUUACAACCUGACGCUUCUAUCUACCCUCUCGAUGACCACAUUGACCAAGGUGGAUUCUAUCAAUUGGAUCGCUCUUCCAGCUCUGCCAAACCUCGUGUUCAACGGGCCCCUGUCCGAUGCCAACAGCGUCACCAUCUCCAACACCUUCUUGAGUACGCUCAGCGGUAUCAACCUCAUGUCCGUCGACACUCUGCAGAUUGAUAACAACAACAACUUGAAACAAUUCGACACCCAGAUUGGCAACAUCACUAAGACCUUGAAUAUUAACGCCAAUGGUAACCUGUUGGCCGUUACCUUCCCCAACUUGGUCUGGGCUGCCAACAUGACCUUCAGAAACAUCUCUAGCAUCAAGAUCCCGUCGCUGGCUACCAUCAACGGAUCCCUCGGAUUCUACGGAAACUACAUGAGCAGCAUCGCCGCACCUAAUUUGACCUCGGUCGGUAACUUCGCCACCGGAUCUGGAUCAUUGGCUCUCGUUGCUAAUAGCAAACUCGCCAACAUUUCCUUCCCGCUCCUGAAGAGUGUUGGAGGUGCUAAUCAGAUUGCCAACAACACUGCUCUUGAUGCCAUCAGCUUCCCAAGUCUGACAUCAGUUGGAGGUGCCAUUGAUUUCUCUGGAAACUUUACUACCCCCGAGCUGCCUGAACUCACCAACAUCAAGGGUGGUUUCAACGUUCAAUCCCAACAAGCUAUCGACUGUGAAGGUUUCAAGGCCCAGUCCGGCGGAAAGGGCAGCAUCAUCCAAGGUACCUUCACUUGCAAGACGACCGCUACCACCUCCUCCUUGGACGGCACUUCCUCCGACGGAUCCGGAUCAGAUGGGUCUUCGUCCGGAUCAGGCACCAAGGGCGCCGCUUCGUCGUUUGGUAUUAGCGAGGCUGUUGCGGCCUUCUCUAUUCUCGGCGGCCUGUUGCAGCUCUUGCUGUAA